GGGGUUUACCUUUCAACUAACCAGACGCUGGAGCAAAGCCGGCGCCUCGCGCUCAGAAGUUGGACUAGUGGAAACAGGUGCCCUGCGCGGCCGCCUCCGGUGCCUUUCGCUCGGGAGCGCUCGGGCUCCCACCUCUGCCGCCCCCUCGCCCCCUGCCCGGGCCGGGAGUGCGCGCGCGCUGCGCCGGGGACUGGGGCUGCGCGGGUGCAGCUCGCCCCACGCGCGUGAGAUUCCGCCUUCCCCCGGGCCCGGCGGCUACUGCUGCUGCAGCCGCCUCGCGAAGCAGCAUCUCCCCAGCGCGGAGCCGGGCGGCUUCGCCUUUUCCUUCAGCUAUUUGCAGCUCGUCAUUUCCGCCAGGCUCCCGGCCGUGCGGGAGAAGGAGACAAGCGUGGAGCUGCCCUGGAGGCGGGGGAGACGGUGGCUGAGCCCCAGCCGCAGCCCCGCGGCCGCCUGAUUAGCCGCCCGGCAGCUCACGCCCUCUGCCCUCGGAGCAGUCCGGGGAUCGCUCGGGAGCAGCGGGGGCGGGAGGCCCGAGGCGACGGAGCGUGCAGCAGCAGCAGCCGCCGCCGCCUCCCACUCCCCGCCGGGCCAGCAACAUGAAUUGAAACCCGGAGAGAGACGCAGAAGCAGAGGCAGCGAGCGGGAGAGGCGCGCGGGGCUUUGGUGGCGUCCCCUCCACUGGCGGGCUCGGGCGCUGAGGCUGGGCUGCGAGAGGCUUGCCGGGUACGGGGCGGUUGGAAAACCUACUACAGCAAAAAGCAACCUCGACCCUUCUCCCACCUCCCCCCCACCGCCGGCUCCUCGGCUGCCCGGGAGGACAAGGGGAGUGGGUCCGCGCUUCUCCUCCCGCCAAAGGGGCGGCCGAGUCCCCGAUGGCUCUCAUCAUGGAACCCGUGAGUAAAUGGUCUCCGAGUCAAGUGGUGGACUGGAUGAAAGGUCUUGAUGAUUGCCUGCAGCAGUAUAUUAAGAACUUUGAGAGAGAGAAGAUUAGUGGGGACCAGCUACUACGUAUUACUCACCAAGAACUGGAGGAUCUGGGAGUCACCCGAAUUGGCCACCAGGAGCUUAUCUUGGAAGCAGUUGACUUGCUCUGCGCAUUGAACUAUGGUUUGGAAACAGAAAAUCUAAAAACCCUUUCUCACAAGCUAAAUGCAUCCGCCAAAAAUCUGCAGAACUUUAUAACUGGGAGGAGGAGGAGUGGUCACUAUGAUGGCAGGACCAGCCGAAAAUUACCAAAUGACUUCCUGACCUCUGUGGUGGAUCUGAUUGGAGCAGCUAAAAGUCUGCUGGCUUGGUUGGACAGAUCACCUUUUGCUGCUGUGACAGAUUACUCAGUAACGAGAAAUAAUGUCAUACAGCUCUGCCUGGAAUUAACAACAAUUGUACAACAGGAUUGUACAGUAUAUGAAACGGAGAAUAAAAUUCUUCAUGUGUGUAAAACUCUCUCUGGCGUCUGUGACCACAUUAUCUCUCUCUCAUCUGAUCCUCUCGUUUCGCAGUCUGCUCACCUUGAAGUGAUCCAGCUAACAAACAUAAAACCAAGUGAAGGGCUGGGUAUGUACAUUAAAUCAACAUAUGAUGGUCUCCAUGUAAUUACUGGAACAACAGAAAAUUCACCUGCAGAUCGGUGCAAGAAAAUCCAUGCUGGAGAUGAAGUGAUUCAAGUUAACCACCAAACUGUGGUGGGGUGGCAGUUGAAAAAUUUGGUGAAUGCACUACGAGAGGAUCCGAGUGGUGUUAUCUUAACUUUGAAAAAGCGACCUCAGAGCAUGCUUACCUCAGCACCAGCUUUACUGAAAAAUAUGAGAUGGAAGCCCCUUGCUCUGCAGCCACUUAUUCCUAGAAGUCCUACAAGCAGCGUUGCUACACCAUCCAGCACUAUCAGCACACCCACUAAAAGAGACAGUUCAGCACUCCAAGAUCUCUACAUACCCCCUCCUCCGGCAGAGCCUUAUAUUCCCAGGGAUGAAAAAGGAAAUCUUCCAUGUGAUGAUAUUGGCAGACAUAUAGUGGGCAAGCCAGUUCAUAAGGGUUCCGAAUCUCCAAAUUCAUUUCUUGACCAGGAAUAUCGGAAGCGCUUUAAUGUGGUUGAAGAAGAUGCAGUCUUAUACUGCUAUGAAUAUGAGAAAGGAAGAACAGGCGGCUCUGGGAGGAGAGAGAGCACUCCAACGUAUGGCAAACUAAGACCUAUCUCUAUGCCAGUGGAAUAUAACUGGGUAGGGGAUUAUGAAGAUCCCAAUAAGAUAAAAAGAGAUAGUAGGAGAGAAAAUUCAUUACUUCGCUAUAUGAGCAAUGAGAAAAUAGCUCAAGAUGACUACAUGUUUCAAAGGAAUAGCAAAAAGGAUACAGGGAAAAAAUCCAAAAAGAAAGGAGACAAGAAUAGUAGUCCAAGUCAUUACUCCUUGCUGCCUAGUUUACAAAUGGAUUCAUUAAGACAAGAAGUCAUUGGCACACCUGGGCCAGACACCACAUACUACCAUACCUUUCAGCAGUCUUCUCUACAACAGAAAACUAAAAAGAAAAACAAAGCUCCUAUUCCUGGUAAGAGCAAAAGGCGGAUUUCCUGUAAAGAUCUGGGCCGUGGGGACUGCGAGGGCUGGCUUUGGAAAAAGAAAGAUGCCAAGAGUUAUUUCUCCCAGAAAUGGAAGAAAUAUUGGUUUGUUCUGAAGGAUACUUCUCUAUACUGGUAUAUCAAUGAGGAGGAUGAAAAAGCAGAGGGAUUCAUCAGUCUACCUGAAUUUAAAAUUGAUAGAGCCAGCGAAUGCCGGAAAAAAUAUGCAUUCAAAGCCUGCCAUCCUAAGAUCAAAAGCUUUUACUUUGCUGCUGAACAUCUAGAUGACAUGAACAGAUGGCUAAACAGAAUUAACAUGCUUGCUGCUGGCUGUGCAGAAAGAGAGAGGAUCAAACAAGAGCAAGAUUACUGGAGUGAGAGUGAUAAGGAAGAAGCAGACACUCCAUCAACACCCAAACAAGACAGUCCACCACCCCCAUAUGAUACAUACCCACGACCUCCUUCGAUGAGCUGUGCAAGCCCUUUUGUGGAACCAAAACACAGCCGACUUUCAUCUACAGAAACUUCCCAGUCACAGUCUUCGCAUGAAGAGUUCCGUCAAGAAGCAGUAGGGAGCACCACUGAAUCACCUGUACGCAAAACAGCCAGUCAGCGACGUUCCUGGCAGGAUUUAAUAGAGACGCCACUGACAAGCUCAGGACUGCACUACCUUCAGACUCUGCCUCUUGAGGAUUCAGUGUUCUCUGACUCAAUUGUAAUCUCUCCAGAACACAGGCGGCAGUCAACUCUUCCAACUCAAAAGUGCCACCUACAGGAUCACUAUGGUCCAUUUCCCUUGGUAGAGGGUGAGAGAAAGCAAGUGCUAAAUGGGAAUGGGGGCAAGCCCCGCAGUUUUACUCUGCCUCGGGAUAGUGGGUUCAACCACUGUUGUCAGAACCUUUCGGUUAGUGCCUCUGAUCACCAGGAAGAUGUACAACAGAAAAAGUUAGAUGAGGAAGAGGAAGAAGGGAAAGCAGCAGCAGAAAACCAAGAAGAUAAAAGCUAAUACACUGCGAGAGUUGAUAGAACCUCUCCAUGCCAAAUCGGAUCCUCUUCUCUUGGCACUGAACUGAUUGGACUCAGAUUGAUAAACUAAUGAUUAGAGAAUUUAGAUCGGAGAGAAUUGGCACGACGGAGACUCAACUUCAGCCUCUUGCAAGCAACCUAAUGGCCUCCGUUCAGAAAGUUUAAUUCUUCUUGAAUAACUUUGAUGUUUAUAAAAGAGAACAGACAUUUUAAAGCAUAGACAACCAAAUGUCUGGAUAUGGGGACUCCAGAAAAGUGUUAAAGGGGCAGACCUAUUACCAGUCUUUUGAAGAAUGCAUCUUUUCCACAAUGGGACUAGGCACAAAAUCAUAUCCUGUCUACAUGGAGCGCAGUUGCAGAAAAUACUGCCCCCUGCAUAGGAGAACAGAAGGGGAAGAGGGUCAUGGCAGGGGAAGGGCUCUGAUGACACACAUUUGUGUUCUGCAGACUUCAAGGAAUUAAAGAGGGAUCAGCUAUGGUAACUAUAAAAUCCUGUUGUUUUUAUGGACUUCAGUGACUUCAUUCAGGCAAAGCAGAGAAAGCUAAUAUAAUUUAAGUGUACUUCACAUAAGUGAAGGAAAUUAACUUGCUGUAUCAUACUAAAUUAAGCGUAUUCUUCCAAGUCAAGGUGUAUACCGACUAUUUGGAGACUUAAUAUAUGUUUAAUGAUUUAUAAUGAAUUAUCAGAGGGCACACUGAAACUGAUUUGGAUGACAGUGAUGGAGAAGAUACCUCAUGCUGGGAUUUAUUAGACUCCACAGAUACAAUCUACAAAUCCUCUUUAUCUUCUAGGACUUACAUGUGAGUGAUGCUGCCUCACAGAACAGGCGUCAAGUAUUCUCUGUAUAGCACUCGCACUCCAUGGGGUUGUUUUGGGGCCAGUAUUUGUCUGGAUGUCACUCAAAGUAGAUUCUGAUAUUGUUAUUUAUCAUUAUGUUCUGGCUCCCCUAUGAGUUAAUGUUUGCCUCUAUCUCUGUGAUUAGAAUGUGGAUUUUCCUUUAUAUAUUUGCUACGGGUGUAUUGUAAUAAUGUCAAUGCUAUUUACUUGAUAUUUCAUAUUAUCUUAUGGAGAGAUACUUUUAAAAAUGUAUUUUGAAAUGUUUUCUUUCUG